UUUAGCGGGAACAUAAAUAAUUUGAAGAAUCAAAGCCUUCAGAUUUCAAAGCUCCACUUCCGCCUCGACAAUGGAAGACGCUGUACAGAGAAUAGCGACAGAUAUUGAAACCCAAACAACCAUUUCAGAAUCUAAUCUCAAAGAACUCCAAACGCUCUUAGAUUACACCCUAAGCACCCAAGAUCCCACAGAUCUCGAAACCAUCUACAAUGAAAUUUCUUCAAGAAAUCUCCCUCCCACUGCUCUAUCCAACUCAAUAUCCUCAACAAUGGACUCUGGUCCGCCCCAUGUUUCAAUCCUGGCAUCCACUGUUUACUUAUCUCUUCUUCUCUCCCCAAACUGUCCCGUAUUUACCAUUUUCACUCCCAUGGCUUUUCAGUCGCUUCUCCUGUCCAUUCGCAGAGCUUUGAAAAGCACGCGUGUGCCUUCUGAAGGGGGUUCAGGGUCAAGAAAGCUUGAAAGGAAAGGAAAGGGGGGUGGCCGAGGAGGCCCAGGGAAGAACAGAGGAAAGAAUGUGGAGCAUUGUGAGGACGUGGGUGAAGAAGAUAGGGUUUUUGAUGUUACGGUUUUGUUCUGUGUACUUGAGAGGCUGGAAUCGGUUAUGGGUUUGGUCCAUUUGGAUAGGUUUCCCGAUUGUUUAAGGACUUUGGUUCAAACCGUGGCUGACAUUCCUAUAAUGGCAAGUGAAUGCCCUGGGGGUUCAAGGGUGUACGCGAGGUUAUGUGAGCUGUGUUCACGGCUCCUAAGGGAAGUCCUUAAGCCUGAGCACGGGGAUCCGAGGGCCUCCUCUGCUGAGCUUUUGAAGUCAUUGACACCUUUGAUUCUUUUGGUUAAGUCUCAAGCAAAGACAUUUGCUUUAGAAUUUAUAGUGAUCAGGAUGGUGAGUAUGGCCAAAGAUUCUCCUAUGAUAAAGGAAGCAGUUGUGAAUUUGCCUAAGUAUUUGGUUCAUAAGUCUCCAGAAAAGGCUGAGCCUAGAGCUUCAGCUGUGGCCUCCAUACUACAGAUUGUUAAAGUUCUAGACUUUGAGGAUCAAGUUGCCUUUGCUGAUUUUGUAGUGAAGAUGAGCCAAGGGAAGGCAAAUUUAAGGCUUUUGGCUGUGGACCUCUUUCCAGCAUUGCUAAUGUCAAUAAAAGAUCCACUAGGAUGGAAUUCAGAUUCUGGUGUUGAGAAUUCUUGGGGUUUGAGAUGUUUGAGUGCACUGAUUCAGCGGUGCUCUGAUUCAACAGCUGGGAUUAGAGCUCGGGCUUUGACCACUUUAGCAAAUCUGCUGGUACAUUUUUCUGGGGAUGUGAAGAGCAGAUCAGCGAUGAAGGGAUUAAUGGGGUUUGGAAAUGAUGGAUCUAAUCUGGCACAAGAUGGAAUCAUCUUUAUCUUGAAAAGUCGGUGUGCGGAUGAGAAGGCUGCAGUUAGGAAGGCUGCUCUCCUUCUGAUAUCCAAGUUGACAUCUCUAUUAGGCAGUGCUGUUGAUGAAGAUUUGAUAAAGACAGUGGGCUUUGCUUGUUAUGAUCCACUAGUUAGCAUAAGGAAAGUGGCAAUCUCAGCUCUAUCUGAGGUUAAGUAACUCUGCAAUAUGAAUGAAUUGCUUCCUUAUGUUAUUGGUCUCACCAUGUAUACAUUGGGUAAUAUUUUUUGAAGUUAAACUUCUAGAUAUAUAGUACUGCUGGCAAAUUUAUUUGAGAGGUUGAGGGCUUGAAGCUUUGUCAAAGCAUUCUCUAUCCUAUUCAUUAAUAAAUGAACAUAAACAUUGAUUCUUUCCCCAUCACAUUCGUCUUAGUAAUGGUAAAAACUUAAAAUUAAAUCCAUAUGUCUCUUUUACCUGACUUUAAUACCAUCGAAAUUGCCAUACUAUACCAUUAUUCUUCUGUAUUUUAGGUUCUAGCAAUGGUGUUCAUGUUUCACUGGUAAUUUUGACUUCAUGUUUCUCUGAGGACUGUAAUUUCUUUACCUGGUGUUCAUACUAUCAGAGUUGCCAUGCCAUUAGUCUUAUGUGCUAUAUGCUCUAGUAAUGUUGUUGUUGACUUCAUGUUUCACUGAGGACUGUAAUCUUUAUUUACUGCAUAGUAAUAUCUUAAGCGAAAAACUUGCAAUCCUGCAAUGCUUUCUAUUUAAUAGGUCUAAGUCAAUUCAUGUCUCUCUUUUCUUACCGUUUCGAGUUUGAUAAUUCUUUUUAUUAGAAUGGAUUCUUUCCUCACUAUAUAGUACUCUGUAUAAUCUAUAUAGUGAUGUUGAAAUGUAGCUGUUAGAGAAAUGAGUUUCUUUCAGGGAUGAACGUGUCAUUCCAUUUCCUGAUGCACUUUGAACUUUUGAAGUAAUCAAGUAGGGCAGUUUUAGUUACUCGACAGUUUCCACUUUUCCAAUAUCAUUUUCUAAAAAAGCAUGCCAUACUUGACAAAACAAUGCUUUGUUGAAGGAAAAUAAUGCAUUGCGAUCAAAGGAUUGGAAUUGGAAAAAUAAUGCAUUGCGAUCAAAGGAUUGGAAUGGAAUUGAAAACAAUAUGCUAAACACACCACUGUUUUGUUUUCCAUUUUCAGAAAAGGGGAACUAAUGCAUGAUUAUGCUCCUUUUGCCUUGUAUAGAGGCUUUUAGAUUGGCCUUAGGAGACUUUAUAACAAAAGAGUGGCUUCAUUCGGUUCCACGUCUAAUAGCUGAUAAUGAAACCAGCAUCCAGGAAGAAUGUGAAAACUUGUUCCUUGAAUUGGUUAUUGAUCGAAUCGCACAAGUUAGUUCUAGUCGUUCUCCCAACCAAAUGCCCAAAUUUUCAGGGUCAAGUGGAAGUUCCAGAAACUCAGACAUGGAAAUGGAACAAUCAUGUAACGGUGGACUUUUAUGUCUAUUGAGAGAGAUGUGUAAUAGUGAGGUGGCACCUUGGGUGAAGAAGAUUUGUGCAAGUUUAGGAAAGAAAAAAAAACUAAAACCGAAGAUUGCUAUAGCACUUCAAAAUAUCAUAAAGACAUCUGAAUCUCUGUGCUUAAGAGAAUCAAUGCCAAUAGAGAAGUGGACCGCACCUUUAGGUUCAUGGUUUCUUUUAUCAGAGGUAUCUGCAUUCCUGCCUCGAGCGGUUGAAUGGGAGUUCCUUCGUCAUCAUUGGCAGCUUCUGGACAAGCAUAAACCAAACAAUAAUAGUGAAAACCAGUUUGUUCAAGGCAAUUCGAACACUGAGGACAUUGACACAACCGAAUCAAAUUCUGUUACUUGGGCUGGAGAUCGUGUUUUUCUUUUGCAAACAAUCUCUAAUGUUUCUGUGGAGCUCCCUGCGGAGCCUGCAGCUGACUUGGCUCAUGAUAUUUUCACUCGUCUAGAGCAGUUCAACAUGCACUCAACAGAGGUUGAUGCUCAUGUAAAAGCACUUAGAACACUGUGCAAGCGAAAGGCUAUGAGUCCUGAGGAGGCGGAUUCCCUUGUUACAAAAUGGGUUCAACAACUCUUGGCUGACGUGUCCAAAAUUCUAGAUUUGUAUAUGUCAAAGAACAAAGAAAUGACGGAACAAAGUGCAUUUCUCACACCUCAACGUUUUGGAAGCGAAAUGGGGAAAGCAACUGGUGUAUCAUCACCUGCAUUACUAUCACGAACAUUGACUGCAGUUCAUACCUUGGGAAGCCUGGUUAUGAUUUGCCCUUCGGCUGAUUUGAAAUCCAUAAUUCCGGUUUUACACACAAUAAUCACUUCUGAUGGUACUGAUAAGAGGGCUAAAAAGUUGCCAGGGACUUCGGUUUCAAUCAAGCGAACAGCUCCUUCCCUGUAUGUUCAAGCUUGGGUAACCAUGGGCAAGAUCUGUCUUGCCGAUGGAGACCUUGCAAAGCGUUACAUUCCUCUGUUUGUCCAGAGGUCGUUGACACAGUUCCUUAUUUUCAUGUACAUGCUUUUCUAGGAGCUUGAAAAGAGUGACUGUGCUGCUCUUCGUAACAACAUAGUUGUAAUGAUGGCAGAUUUUUGUGUACGACACACAGCUCUAGUUGACUGUUAUCUAUCAAAGAUAACUAAGUGUCUAAGGGAUUCGUGCGAAUUAGUUAGACGGCAGACAUUUAUACUACUUGCAAGACUAUUACAGAGGGACUAUGUGAAGUGGAGGGGAGUUCUGUUUUUGCGGUUUUUAUUCUCUCUCAUCGAUGAGUCUGAGAAGAUAAGACAGCUGGCCGAUUUCCUGUUUGGGAAUAUCUUAAAAGUGAAGGCACCACUUUUGGCCUAUAAUAGCUUUGUGGAAGCUAUAUAUACCUUAAAUGACUGCAAUGCUCAUACUGGAUCUAGUAACUCCCAGAGUUCAAGAAGCGAAACACAUCUUUUCUCAAUCAGAGGAAAUGAUGCGAAGUCAAGGUCUUCAAGAAUGCACAUUUAUGCCACUUUGCUUAAACAGAUGGCUCCAGAACAUCUUUUAGCAACAUUUGCUAAAGUAUGUGCAGAGAUCCUUGCUGCCGCUUCUGAUGGGAUGAUCAAUGUUGAUGAUACUACUGGACAGUCUGUUCUGCAGGAUGCCUUCCAAAUUCUGUCAAGCAAAGAAAUCCGAAUAUCAGCCAACCGUGGGGUGCAAUCCGAUUCAGCUGACAUGGAUGACGAAACUGGAGAUGGUGGACCUGCAGCUGCUGGUAAGGGAAACACUAUAACUCAAGCUGUCAAGAAAGGGCUUAUACAGAACACCAUCCCCAUCUUCAUUGACUUAAAACGUCUGCUUGAGAGCAAAAACAGUUCUCUUAUUGGUUCUCUCAUGGAAUGCCUCCGGGUCCUUCUCAAGGACUACAAGAAUGAGAUUGAUGAAAUACUAGUUGCUGACAAGCAGCUCCAGAAGGAGCUUAUAUACGACAUGCAGAAAUAUGAGACAAUGAAGUCUAAAACGACUGCUGCUGAGGCUGUUGCGACGAUGCAAAGAUCAGACACUUACCAAUCCCCAGCUGUUUCUGACAUGUUGAAGAAGGCGAAGCUGCACAGCAAUCCGAAGGUUGCUUCGGCAAUAGCUGAGGCCUCGGCAUUAGCAGUUGCUCAGUCUGUGUUAAGAGAUGUGAAUCAUGGGGCUGCCACACCGCCGCUUAGUGCAAUGAGGGCACCUAAACUCAAGUCCUGCUCAGCAACAGGAAUGGCAAGUCGAGGAGAACGGUCUGCAGCUGUGCUACAAUCUCUGAGGAGAAGGCAGGCGUUUGAUUCUGAUGAUGAAAAUUGAUUCCCCCCUUCCAGUUUCAGAUUUUGGAAGCUAAGCUUGAUCCAUGUUGUAAGUACCGCCAAUGUAAGGUUCUCUCGAGUAGAGCAACUCACUUGUAUGUAUCGUGGCUGCUUAGGAUUAGCUUUUUCACAAUGUAAAAUCAGGUUUCAAAUGAAAUGUAUACAAUUUUUUUCAGUAAAAGAAGUAUAUUAGAGUAGUC